AUGUUCUUACUAGUGAAGCUAGCGCACGCGGAUAACUUUGCGCUGAACGUUGAUGCCUCCUCCCUCUCUGAUGAUGUGCCGAAAUCCGCAGCGCCAAAUAUGUUGCCAUCGGCACUGGCCACGGUUCUGGGCGACAACCCUACUUGCACUGUCCCUAAUUGCGAUGCAUGCGACCCAACAGAUGCUAACAAGUGUACAAGCUGCUUUCCAGAAUACGGUGUGAAAGAAGGUGAAUACGAAAAAUGUACUGACUCCAAAUGCAUUAGAUGCAAUCCAAUCGAUGUGAGAAACUGUACAAGCUGCUAUCCAGGAUACUGUGUGAAAUAUGGGGCAUGUGAACCAUGUACUGAUGAAAACUGUUUAUUUUGCAGCAUCGAUGCUAACAAGUGUACGAUCUGCAGUCUCGGAUUUACGUUGAGCACUCAAGGCAAAGCUUGCGUAAAAUCUCAAGGGCCUCUCGAGUUUCGGGUCCCCUUUUUGUGGGAGUUCUAUCUGCGCUGGCUGUCUCAGUGCUGCUUUAAACCCUAUAUAAAAUUGGGUGAGCUGUCCCUAGCUGGCACUGAACUUUUUCCAAGUAUCCCUACUGCAAGGUGUGACUAA